CGUCUAGUUUUUUUUUUUUUUUUUUUUCUUUUUCCUUUUUCAUGUUGGCAUCUAUGUAGUGACUUGUUCCUAAACUUUUUCCCACCGUCCUCUCAGAAAACUCUUUAACAGAUUCUUUUCUUUUUCUUUCCCAUAACACAAUAGAGAUGCAAGAAAGACGGGGAAUGAUGUUUUAUCGAAUGUUGGAGAAAUCAUUUCAUUCAAAGAGACACCGUCUAUGGUUUCCACCCCUUACAUCCGUUGAUCUUCCUGACAUUUGGAUUCCCAACAAGGAUACAUCCAUCAACACUAACUCAGCUAUUGGGCAAACAGCUAGAGUGCUCGAGGGAAAGCCGAUUGCAAACAAUAUAAACUCUCGGAUAGCAGCUGAAAUUUGUGAAAUGAAGAAUAGGAUUGGAAAAACUCCAGGUUUAGGUGUUAUCCUUGUGGGUGGAAGGAGGGAUUCUCAAUCUUUUGUCCAUAUUAAGGUGAAAGCUUGCGUGAAAGUUGGAAUAGCACCAUUCACCGUGGAACUUCCAGAGGAUUGCAGUGAAGCUGAAUUACUUGAUGCUGUUUCAAGUUUUAAUGAGAAUCCAUUAAUACAUGGUGUAAUUGUGCAGCUUCCUUUGCCAAAACACUUGGAUGAAGAAAAGAUUAUAAGCUAUGUGAGUCCGGAGAAAGAUGUGGAUGGCUUCCAUCCGACCAAUAUGGGAAAUCUUGCCAUGCGGGGAAGGGAACCAUCAUUCAUCCCUUGUGCUUCAAAGAGUUGCAUUGAGUUACUGCUCAGGAAUGAUGUGGAAAUCAAAGCGAAAAAUGUAGUGGUGGUGGGGAGGAGCAAGCUUGUGGGGUUGCCCACUUCUUUGCUAAUGCAGGUAGACCAUUUUCUUAUACUGCCAAAUUGGAAACUAUUAUCCUUGGCUUGGUGCAUUUAUAAUGCGCAGAGGCACCAUGCAACAGUCACUACUGUGCAUGCAUUUACUGGGAACCCAGAGCAAAUAACCCGUGGGGCUGACAUAUUGGUUUCAGAUAUUGGAGUUCCAAACAUGAUCCGAGGGCACUGGCUGAAACCAGGGGUUAUUGUUGUUGAUAUGGGUGCAAAUUCAGUUGAGGAUACUAGCAGUUUGCAGGGACAUUGCCUGGUUGGAGAUGUUUGCUAUGAGGAAGCCAUAGUGAAGGCCUCAUGUACCCCUGUUCCCGGAGGUGUUGGACCCAUUACAAUCUCUAUGCUCCUUUCCAACACUGUUGAUACUGCUAAGCGUACUUACAGGCACACCCAAUAAUUGGUUGCUUUUAAUUUUAAUCUACCAAUAUUGAGGACACUGUAUUGUUUCCAGCAGGAAACUCCCGAGGUAUGUGUUGGGUCCCACAUCGAGUAUGGGAAGGGAAUUUGAACUCUUUAUAUGGUCUUGGGCAAUCCUCACCUCUUGGGCUAGUUUUUGGUGUUAAGUUAGGCCCAAUAUCCAUUUCUUUAAUAGAAUGGAUCAUAACCACAAUCAUGUUCUGCAUUUCACUUUCCACAAUGUUGCUCGGACUUUUCAAAAUAAUCAACAGGUACGUGUCGUAUCCUACAGAGGAUCCUCCACGGUGUGACAACAUUUUUGAUGAGUCCGAGUGACAUAGCUCCCUAGAUAAUCUAAAUUUUGCAUACUCUUGCGACUGGUAAUGAAAUUUUUGUUUCUUCUUCCCCUUGUGUUCUAGGCAAAAGAGGAAAUGAGUGGGGUACAUAAGAGCCCAAAUUGACUUUCGAGAUUCUUUGUUGCACUUCCAAGAUUUCUCUUUCAGAUGUACAAUUACCUGAUAUGCUUUUCAAUGAUAAAAUAAAAAAAGAGACCUGAAAUAAUGUAUUAACUUCUUCUAAACUCUAUAACAACUAUAUGUUUGGGGAAUACAUAUAGUCACCUACAAAGAAGGGGAAUGCAACUUUGUUCUAUUUGCCGCUUAUGUGGGAAAAAUGCAGAAACAGAUAGUCAUCUUUUCAUGCACUGUAAGUGACUGCACAACUAUGGGACAUCUUCCUAGCAUGCCAAUGAAUACACCGAUAUCCUGGCACAACAGCUCAAAAGGAAGAUGGAAUAUGAUCCUGGACAGCAUAUGGUGGAUUAAGGAAAUGAAUCUAAGAUGCUUUGGAGGCAAACACAACCCAGUCCAAGAGAUAAAACUUAGUUGUAUUUUGCUUUCUCAUUUUUGGUGUAAACAAGAGUACAUUAGAAGACACCGAGUCUCUACUACUAGUCCUAGAGUCUCUAUAGAGCAGUAGAUAUUGUUUAGUCUAGAAUUUUUGCGACAUACUCUCUGUAAAUAUGGUCCUCACAGCCUUUUGUGAUUUUAAUACAAAUUUGUUACCGUAUCAAAAAAUAAAAUAAAAAUAAAAACUACAAGUUUGGGGGUUUUGUGUGACUUAUCCAAGCAGCCGUAAGAUGUAUACCCCCUUAUCUAUGAGUCCGACAAUUAUCUUGUGUAAUUUGGUAUAGUUUAGGAAACAAACAACAACAACAACAUACUCAGUGUAAUCCCAAAAGUGGGGUCUGAGGAGGGUAGGAUGUACGCAGACCUUACCUCUACCUUUACGGGGUAGAGAGGUUGUUUCCGAUAGACCCUCGGCUCAAAAGAGAGUGACCAAUGCAGGGAUGUAUACCCCCUUAUCUGUGAGUCCUACAAUUAUCUUGUGUAAUUUGGUAUAGUUUAGGAAACAAAAUCUUUGGUAAUUCUAAUUUCUUGAGGUAGUUUUCUUUUGAGAGUAAUCUAGGAUAUAAAGCAAAAUGUAUUAAUUGAUUCUGUCAGUCCAGAUUUUACAUAUUUUCUGUUGUACCAAGUAUAGCUAUAAGGAGAUUACCAUCUAAAACAAACAAGCUUUUUUUGGUUUAUUGUAAGGUCCUUUUGACAGGUAACAAACUUUACGAGUAGAACACCUAAAUAGGGCUGUUACUCCUAUACAUGUGCACACAAGCCCAAAUUAUAUAAGCAAAAGGAUUUUCCCCUCAAAACAAUUGUUUUUCCUACAUUAUUGAAGAAGAAACAAAUUGCUUUUCCAAUAGUUAACUUUCCACUUAAUACUUUACAGAUACUAUCAUGAGACACUUUUAAAUGAUCACCAGCAACAAACAAGGCUAUGGUUGACCGCAACUUGGGUUCUGUAAUAUAACCGAUAUGUUUCCAACUGAGAAAAUCAACCCACUUUCUGAGUGGUUAGCAGCAUGGGAAGCUAUCAGCAAAGAGGAAGAAAAUACUUAUUAGUUUUUUAUUCAUGUGCGGGAGGUUGGGGAAGAUGCGAACCACUUAAUAAUUCAUUUGGUUGUGGAAUCUGUAACCUGUUCUGAAUCGAAUGUGUAAUGCUGAACACUGGCAAAGACUUGUUUCUAAGUUGAUAUUCAGAAGAAAAAGGAGAAGAGCAUGACCAUGGAAUCUGGUUCUUUUGACACUUGUCUGGACAACUUUGAAAGAAAUGAAUCAAAGAGUUCUUGAAGGAGUUUUCACUCCUUUACACAUACUCUGAGAAGCAUUCCUGUAUUCUGUAAAAUUUUGGAGCAUUUGUUAGCGUAGGUGGUAGGGUAUACAUGAUAAUCAUAUUCUGUAUGAAUUUCUACUUUUAUAUAGCACUUGUAUAUGAGGUUCAACGUUCACACUAUAAUUUUGUCACUUUAACCACAAAAAAGGAAAAAGAUCCUCAAAAAAAUUCAACUUU